CGGUGAGAUCAAAUAAACGAUGGACACCACACGGAGUGCGAGGAGAGGCACAGAGAUGAGCAUCAGUUGCAGUGUUGAGAGAUACUGUUUCUUCCACCUGUCCCAGAAUAUGUAUGCCAGACUGUUUCCACUGAUGCAUAUAGAGUGAGUGGAUGGAGGAUUGUUCUGCUGGGGAAGGAUGCAUCUGAAAACAGCAGAGUUAGAAACUUUAUCCUGGGAGUAGAGGUGUCUGAGAGUGAAGCAUCUUCAGCUUAUUUACAGCAGCACAGUGUGAUAAUCAGUGGAAUGGUGGAGGAGAGACACAUCACAGUCAUCAAUACCCCUCACCUACUCCAGCCAAAUCUCUUAGAAUCACAGCUCACAAAUAGAGUGAAAGAGUGUGUGGAACUGUCUGCUCCAGGACCUCAUGUGAUCAUUCUUGUAUUGCAGCAUAAUAACUUCAAUAACAUGGAUAGACAUAGAGUGAAACAUGUACUGAAACUUUUCAGUGAGCAGGCCAUUAAACGCACCAUAGUGCUGACUACUGAUGGAGAGUCAUACAUCUCUUUUGCCAGUUCCCGGAUCGUGAACUCCACUGUUCAUCAGUUAAUAAAGGAGUGUGGAGGAGGACAUCUUCAGUUUAAUGAAAUACAGAAAGAUCUCUCUAAGAUAUUCCAAAGAAUCAAGAAGAUACUCAAGAAAGAAGAUGAAGAAUGUAUAAUUUGUGACAUGUAUGAGGAUGCAGACGAUGGAACACCAGUAGAUAAGACGAGCAGAUCUGGACAUUUAGUCGGACCAGAGGAAGAAGAGGAUUCUGAUCAUGAAGUGGAAGGAAAGUUCAAAGAGAGCCAUACCAGUGUGGUAAAAAAAAGUGAUGGAAGAGGUGCUCUAAAUGUUUUUUCAUCAGUACCUGUUCCUGGAAAACCAGAGCUGAACGUUAUGCUCUGUGGAAGCAAUACAACACUCAAGGCCUCCGUGUCCAAACAAUUUCGGCGGGUAAUGAAAAAAAUGAAAAAAGGACAUCUAAUCACGCUUGUGGAACUUUCAGCUCUCACUCAGCUCUCAAAAGAGGAAAUGAUAUGUGAAUCUCUCCGCUCUGUCUCUCUCUGUGAUCCUGGAGUUCAUGUUUUCCUCUUCAUUGUUCCUGCUGGUCAACUUACUGAUAAAGACAGAGCAGAAAUGGAGAAAAUCCAGAAAAUGUUUAAUACUAAAGAUCGCCUCAUGGUGCUUUUCACGACUGAUGACAGAAAUACUGAUUUUUUAGCAUCCAAAGAAUGCCAGAGGAUUGUCAGUCUUUAUGGGGGUUGUUACAAUUUGAUGAUGUUAAAGGACCAAAAAAACAGCAAACUGACCUCGGAGGUGUUAGAAUCCAUGGUGCAAAUGAAGACUGAACCGUAUUCACUUAAGAUGCAUGUAAGAGAUCAUGAGAAGAGAGUCAAACAAGAACUAGAAGAUAAAUACAAAAAAGAUCUGAGAGAGAGGGAUGAGAAGAUUAAAGAAUUACAGCAGAAGAUUCAGUCAGAUGGUACUGAAGAUGAACCAGCUGAUGUGAAGUGUUUGAGAAUUGUGUUGAUUGGGAGAACAGGAAAUGGAAAGAGUGCAACAGGAAACACAGUUCUGGGAAGAGAUGCAUUUCAGAGCAAACUGAAGUCAGAUUCAGUGACGACUGUUUGUCAGAAGGGAGUUGGUGAAGUUGAUGGUAAAACGGUCACUGUUGUUGAUACUCCAGGUCUCUUUGACACAACACUGCCAAAUGAAAAAGUGAUAGAUGAAAUGGUGAAAUGUGUUUUACUGUCAGCACCUGGACCUCAUGUCUUCAUCAUUGUGUUGACUUUGGGAAGAUUUACAAGAGAAGAGAUGGACACUGUGGAUCUGAUAAACAAGAUGUUUGGUUCAAAAGCUGCACAGUUCAGUAUUGUAGUCUUCACCAGAGGAGAUGAUCUACAGGAGCCUAUAGAAGAUUAUUUGAGGGAAAGUAAUUCAGCAGAACUCAAGAGGUUGAUCAAAGACUGUGGAGACAGAUACGUCGUUUUUAAUAACAAAGAAAAGAAAGACCACACACAAGUGACUUGUCUUUUAAAUAUGAUAGAAGAAGUGAGGAAAUCUAACCAGGGUCAGUACUUCACUAACAGCAUGUUUGAGGAUGCAGAGAUGUCCAUUAAAAAGAAAAUGGAGGAAAUACUGAAAGAGAAAGAGAAGGAAAUUCAGGCUCAGAAAGAGGAAUUUCAAGCUAAAUAUGAAAUGGAAAUGAAAAACAUGAAGGAAAGGUUGGAGAAAGAGAAGCAAAGAGCAGAUAAGGAAAGGAUGCAAAUGGAAAGUAAGUUUAUGGAAAAGGAGGAAGCUCUCAAAAAUCAGUUUGACGAGAAAGUAAAAACAGAACAGAAGAAGCGAGACACGGAGAACCAGAAACGAAUGCAGGAGGAAAAACAACAAAAAGCUGAAUAUCAGCAAAAAAUAGAAAAGAUGAAGAGAGAGAUGGACAAUCAGAUAUCACAGUAUGAAAAACAGCAACAGGAAAGAGAGAAAGAGAAUAAAUUGAGAGAAGAGGAAUACAAACAGGCUCAAGAAAAGAUGAAACCCGAGCAAGAGUCUGCCGUGGCUGAACUGAGACAGAAACAAGAACAGGAAACUAAAAAGAGGUUGUUGGAGGAACAAAAGAGGAGUGAUCAAGAAGAAAAAGAGAGAGAAAGGUGGAGGAGAAAAAUAAAAUAUGCUGAAAAUGACAAAGAAAUUCAAGAGAAAAUUAAACAAAAACAGAAAGAAUGGGAGGAAGAAAAGAAAAGACAGAUGGGAGAAAGAGAGGAUGAAGAAAAGAACAGAAGAGACAGGCACGAGGAAGAGCUGAGAGAAAAGCAAGAACAACUGGAGAACAUGAGAAAGAAAUUUGUAGGAGAGAGAGAAGAAGAAACAAAAAAGAGAGAAGAAGAGAGACAGCAGCAGAUCAAAGAGAAACAGCAGAAAGAGAGGGAAUAUGAAGACAAGAAAAGUGAAAUGGAAAGUCAUUAUGGUGAGCUGGAACGAGAGAGGAAAAAGGAGUGGGACAGGAAAAAACAAGAGGAUGAUGAGAGAAGAGAGGAGGAAAAAAAGAAAAUGAUUGAAGAUCUGAAACAAGAGCGAAAAGAUGAGUUUGAGAGAAGAGAAAGAGAGGAGAGCGCUAGAAAAGAAAGAGAGGAACAAGAGCGUGAUAAAAUGAUAAAAGAAUAUGAGCAGAAAAUAAAUAAGAUGAAAAAUGAACAUGAUGAUGAAGCACGAAGAAAAGCAGAAGAAUUGAAUGAUUUCAAAGACAAAAAAGAGCAGCAAUUUCAAGAGCUCAGACAAACGCUAAGAGAGCGUGAUGAACUAUUUGAAUUACUGCAAGAAGUGUAUCAGCGCUUACAAAUUGAAUCAGAUGAAGAAGCGAAAAAGCUAAAAAGUCAGCUUGAAUAUUCAAUGAAGAGGUCAAAAUGUGCCAUUCUGUGAUACUUCAUGUUAAAGAUAUGUCAAAAAAGCAAUAAGCACAAACAAAAGUGGCUUAUUGCAUUUUAUAAGACAGUAGCAACAGGAAUAUGAUAAAAGACACCAAUGUUCAAUAAACAGUUUCAUUUAUCAUUAUUAAUAAUCAGAAUAAAUGAUAUACCCGAUUUAAAAUAGCAAGUAAUAUAGCUGAUUUUCACAGUGGUUGCCAAGCAACAUAGGAACUUGGCACAGGUGUGAGUUCUUUUAGCCCAACCAAUCAGAAUUUACAUUAAGGUUCUAUUCUUUUUAUAGUUGGACCCUUUCCCCACCCGAACUGAACCCAAAUGAGAAUGUGUGGGCCCUUCUAAAAUGUGAGAUUUACAGUGAUGGAGAACAGUUCACAUCUUUGAAUGACAUCUGGGUGGCUGUGUUGGCUGUUUGAUCUAAAAUUGUUGAUGAAUUAAUGGAUGCUCAAGGUUCAUGAAAGUUCAUGAAAGUUAUUGAAAAGAAGUGUGCUUGUAUUGCCCACUAAAUAUCUUGAAAUGCCCAAAAUGUUACAUGAUAAUUUGAUAUGGUAAUAUUAUUUACUUUAAUAUUUAUUUACUCAAAUCUACUUUUUUACUGUUCAUUUUAAUGUUAGUGGAGAAAAUGAAGUGUGAAGAACAUGAGAAAAUUACUGCAACUCCCCUGAGAAACACAACUCUCACUUUUUCUUGAUUAAGUUUUCAGUUUUGCAACAAAAUAAGGUUUUAGGAAUCACUGACAGCGUUGUAUCUGUUGAACAGUAAAAUUAAUAAUGAAAAAUACUUA